AUGGAGACGUGCCUGACAGCUACUUGUGCCGCUGCAACGACUAGUAGUGCUUCCACAUCGGUUUUCCUGCAACUAGUGCAAACGAUUCUAACAGCACAGUGCAGUUUCAACAAUAAGAACAUUUACCCACCGGAUCGUACAGAAGAAAUCGCGUAUAACAACAUCGAAUACGACUUUAUCAUCGUGGGUGCCGGUACCGCAGGCUCUAUAAUAGCUAAUCGACUAACCGAAAUAGAAAACUGGAAAGUAUUGCUGAUCGAGGCCGGAGAUGACCCUUCAGCUAUCAGUGAAAUCCCGCUGUUAUUCCCAGAGACAUUAUUGACGUCGGAAGAUUAUGCUUACAACGCCGAGCCCGAUGAAAGCAUUUGUCAAAGUUUCAAGAAUAAAGUGUGCAAAUGGAAUAGCGGUAAAGCUCUGGGGGGUAGUUCUACGAUAAACGGUUUGAUGUACACUUACGGCAACGAUGAAGAUUACAACGAGUGGUCCCGGAUGGGUAAUGAAGGAUGGAGUUUUGAGGAGGUCUUACCAUACUUCAAAAAAUCGCAGGCCUGCGAU